AUGGCACAAGAGACAAAAGUAGCACAUCAUUCUUCAUCAUCAUCUCCAAAUCCUCACAUUGACUUUUUUGCCUAUAAUCCUGAAAAGGAACCAAUUAAGGCUUAUUUACGUAUCCGUCCUCAAUCAUAUAACGAGCCUUUAAUACCAGAGCCUUAUCUUCAAAUUGUUGAUGAUUUAGAAGUUUGCAUGACACCUCCUGAAGAUUCAAAUGCUUUUCGCGCAAGGAAUCGAACACCAGAAAGAUACAAAUUUACAAAAAUAUUUACAGAAUCAGCAACACAAGAAGACUUUUUCAAUCAAACAACAUUGCCUUUAAUUCACGAUGUAUUGAGAGGAGAGAAUGCAUUGAUAUUUGCUUACGGCGUUACUAAUUCCGGAAAGACGUUUUCAAUUAUGGGGACCAAACAACAACCUGGAUUAUUACCUCGCACGUUAGAUGUUAUCUUUAAUAGUAUUAAUGAAUAUAAGAGUGACGCAAAAUUAAAGCCCUUUAUGCACAAGCAGCCUAUCAAUAGAGACCAUACAACAAUUGCGAUCGAUACAAACUUUGAAUAUGGUAUCUGGGUUUCAUUCGCAGAGAUCUAUACUGAAAAGAUUUAUGAUUUACUUAUCUCUCCAGACAACAUGUUUCAAAAACGCAAAGCACUCUCAUUAAAAUACGAAUACAAGAGCGGACACAAAUAUAUUGCUGGACUAAAAGAAGUGAAAGUAAAAUCUAUUGAAGAGGCUUACGCCAUUUUAUACGAGGGGCAAAAGAAUCGAGCUGAAUACUCGACUAUUAUAAAUCAGACGAGUAGUCGAAGUCAUAGUAUCUUUACAAUUCGUAUUGUGAGAGCACCUAUUGACAGUCAUAAUUAUGUCAUUGAGGACCCUACUUAUGCAACUGUAUCUAAAUUCUCAAUCGUUGACUUGGCUGGCUCAGAAAGAUAUAGGAAUACCUUAAAUUCAGGCCAAAGAUUAAAGGAGGCAGGAAAUAUUAAUAAAUCCUUAAUGGUUCUUGGGCAGUGCAUGGAAACAUUAAGAUUAAAUCAGUUAAAAUCUGCAAUUGGAAAGAAAAUUGCCCUAGUUCCUUAUCGUCAUAGUAAAUUAACAGAAUUAUUCAAGAGCUCAUUUGAAGGUGAUGGGAAGGCAGUGAUGGUUGUUAAUGUAAACCCGUUUAAUACAGGAUUUGAUGAAAAUAGCCACGUUAUGAAAUUUUCAGCAGUUGCCAAAGAUGUAGCUACAUGGAAACGUGUUCAUCCAAGAUUAGAGUUAAAGGAUAUAUCCAAAUAUGUGAAUAAGCGACUUCGAGUAACACCUAAGCAAAAGAAAGUGUAUUAUGGUAUUGAGUCUUUAAUGAAUGAUGAUGAAGACGACGACGACGACGACGACGAUGAUGAUGAUGAUGAGUCCUCGGAAGAUCCCUUUGUUGAUAAUUUAAUAGCACAAAUAGAAGAUUUACGUAAUAAGUGGUUGGAGGCAGAAACAAGAUGUGCUACCAUGGAAACAGAGAUUAGACAACAGGUCACUAAGGAAACGGAGAUUGAAUUAAAGAGAAUGGAAGAGAUUUAUAUGUCUUCGUUAAAAAGAGAGCUACAAGACAAACAAAAUUCAAUGUCUACAGAAAUGGAUAAAUUGUGUGUACAUUUAAAUGAACAUGAAGCAACAAAGCAUAGUUUACUUGAAAAGAUUUCCGAGCUUGAAAAAGAUAAACAAAAGCAACAAGAGCAAUUAAAUCGACUAGCAGCACAAAUAAAAGAAAAAGAUGCAAUAAUUGAAAAUCUAAAUUCUAUUGAAGAAACAAAUAUAGAACCAUUGGAUAAGAAUUCAUUCAUUUAUACAAAGUUCCUUAAUUUAAGAAGAAAGUUAAGAAGAAGUAUAUUUCGUAAUGAAGAGUACUCACAUGAUGCAGAUGUACUUAUGACAGAAAUAGAGCAAUUUGAAAAUGUUACGUUUGAACUUGUCAAGGAGACAAGUAUGGGCAAAUUAAUGAAACUAAUUGUAGAAAAGGAAUUUAAAAGUGAUCCAUAUAAAAUUCAUCAACGUUCUAAAAAAUUGUUAAAUUAUUAUAUAAAACUAUCUAUUUUAUCAUCACAGAAACGAGAAGAUAAGAUGAUUGUAUUGAAUACAAAUCAUGCAAAUCAAGAACAAGAAAUACGUACUACAUUGAGUAAACUAAAAGAAGAAAAUGGAAAAUUAAAGCAUAAAUUAAAACUUAUGCAAGAAAGUCAUAAACGAUUAAAAAAGGUCUUCGACAAUACAUGGUCUUUUGAAUAUGAUGAUGCUAAUACUAUACCAACCUUAUCCAUACCUGAAUCCUCUAAAACUCAACAGAAAGAAAACAAAGAAUUAGUAAAUAUAUUAUAUUAUAUAUGUGCUUGCUUUUUUUUUUUUUGUUUACUCAUCAAAUUAAAUUAG